GCAUACAUAUCUACAUGCGUAAACACGCAUAUAUGAGCCCAAUGUAAACACACUCACAUAGCACACACUCUAGAGACAUACCUGCAUACACAGACCUGAGUAUUCACAUUCAUUUACACACACACACAAAGUAAACCCACACCCACAGACACCCACACAAUGUUUGCACACACAACUAUGCCACCACGUGCCUGCACACCCCAGGGCCUCCAUGCCCCAGCUAACGUCCCCUGCUUUCCCUCCCCCGACAGCCAUGCUCAGCACUCAGGCGCCUUUCUUCUUCCCCAUGGGCCACUUCAUCCUCUUUGUCUUCGUGGCUUCCACCAUAUUUCACCUUCAGCAGCGGCUAGCAAAGAUUCAGCCCACGUGGGAGUUGGUGCCGGCGAGGACAACAUCUCGACACGAGCCAUUGGAGACAAUGGAGUACACCACCGGGAGCCAGCAGCCCAGGGGUAUGUGGACGAUCAAUGCAAUAGGCCGCCUGGGGAACCAGAUGGGCGAGUACGCCACCCUGUACGCCCUGGCCAAGAUGAACGGGCGGCCGGCCUUCAUCCCGGCCCAGAUGCACAGCAUGCUCGCCCCCAUCUUCAGGAUCACCCUCCCCGUCCUGCACGGCUCCACGGCCAGCAAGAUCCCGUGGCGGAACUACCACCUGAACGACUGGAUGGAGGAGGAGUACCGCCACAUUCCCGGGGAGUACGUGCGCCUCACCGGCUACCCCUGCUCCUGGACCUUCUACCACCACCUCCGAGACGAGAUCCUCCGGGAGUUCACCCUGCACGACCACGUGCGCCAGGAGGCCCAGACGUUUCUGCGGGGCCUGCAGGUGAAUGGCAGCCGGCCAAGCACCUUCGUGGGGGUCCACGUGCGCAGGGGGGACUACGUCCGCGUCAUGCCGCGGGUGUGGAAGGGCGUGGUGGCCGACCGGCGAUACCUAGAGCAGGCCCUGGACUGGUUCCGGGCCCGCUACAGCUCCCCCGUCUUUGUGGUCACCAGCAACGGCAUGGCCUGGUGUCGGGAGAACAUAGAUGCCUCUCGUGGUGAUGUGAUCUUUGCUGGCAAUGGCAACGAGGGCUCACCCACCCAGGACUUUGCAUUGCUGACACAGUGUAACCACACCAUCAUGACCAUUGGGACAUUCGGGAUCUGGGCCGCCUACCUCGCCGGUGGAGAGACCAUCUACCUGGCCAAUUACACCCUCCCAGACUCUCCCUUCCUCAAAGUCUUUAAACCAGAGGCAGCCUUCCUGCCCAAGUGGAUUGGGAUCGCAGCAGACCUGUCCCCACUACUCAAGCACUGAUGUUAGCUCAUCUUUGGCAUCCACUUCUUUUCUAGCUCCCCCAAGAUCAGUUCCAAGGCAUGAGGAGCACAUUGUUACAUGCACCAGGACCCUUCCCUCUUGAAUCAGAAUGCUUUGGGCUGCAAGUAACUGAAGGCCCAGCUAGCUUGUUUAAAUAACAUAUUCAUGUGGCUCACACAAGACCAAAGGUGGCAGAUGUCCAGUGUUAGUUAAUUCAGCAGCUCAACAAUGUCACCAGUGACCCCAAUUCCAUCCAUCUUCUUGAGCUGCCAUCAUCUCCUCUUAGACCAGCUCCCUCAUGGUCCCAAGAAGGCUACCACAUACCCAGGUGUCACGUGCAGACAACCCUUCCCAAGGCAGCAAAAAGAGGUUCAUUCUUAUCUUAGGUCCCUUUUGAAGAGUGAGAGAAAACUUCUAAAGCCUUCCAGCAACUGCCCCCCAUAUCUCAUUGACUGGA